AUGUCACAACCAUCUGCAUUGUUAGAGGAAGCCAGAGAUGCAGCUUCACUCAAGAACUAUUCUUUAGCAGAAUCAAAGUAUAAGGAAUUGAUCUCCAAUUAUCCUCAAGAUCAAUCUAUUAGUCAAACUAAGAAAUUACAAGAACAAGAAACUUCAAUUUUAGAAUUAGGUAAGAUAUAUCAAGAUAGUCAAGAUGCAGAAAAGUUAAAUGGUUUAAUUUCUGAUUCUAGACUGGUUUUAGGUGGAUUUGCUAAAUCUAAAACUGCUAAAAUUGUCAAGACUUUGAUUGAAAAUUUUGAUUCGAUUCCAAAUUCAUUAGAUUUACAAAUUGAAUCAACUAGAGAAAGUAUACAAUGGGCCAUUGAUAGUAAAUUAUCAUUCUUAAGACAAUCUUUACAAUUGAAAUUAUCUGAUUUAUUAUAUACCAAGGGUUUAUUCCAAGAAGCCUUGAAAUUUAUAACUGAUUUAUUAAGAGAAUAUAAGAAAUUAGAUGAUAAAUCAUCCUUAGUGGAAGUUCAAUUAUUAGAAUCUAAAAUCUAUCAUUCAUUAAGAAACAUUCCUAAAUCAAGAGCUGCUUUAACUAGUGCCAGAACUUCAGCCAAUUCAAUCUAUUGUCCAACUAUUUUACAAGCCGAAUUAGAUUGUCAAAGUGGGAUAUUAAAUGCUGAAGAUAAAGAUUAUAAAACUGCAUUUUCAUAUUUUAUUGAAUCAUUUGAAGGAUUCAAUUCUCAAGAUGAUAGUCGUGCCAUUUUAAUAUUGAAAUAUAUGUUAUUAACUAAAAUCAUGUUAAAUUUAGUUGAUGAUGUUAAUAACAUUUUAAAUAAUAAAAAUGUGAUUAAAUAUCAAUCAAAAGAUAUUGACGCUAUGAAAUCAAUUGCCACUGCUUAUUCAAAUAGAUCAUUAAAAGAAUUUGAAAAUGCUCUUUUAACUUAUUCAACUGAAUUAAAAUCAGAUCCAAUUAUAAAGAAUCAUUUCAAUGCUUUAUAUGAUAAUUUAUUAGAACAAAAUUUAUUAAAAAUCAUAGAAUCAUACAGUUGUGUUGAAUUAUCUCAUAUUUCUAAAACUAUCGGUUUAAACUUACAACAAGUUGAAGGGAAAUUAUCUCAAAUGAUUUUAGAUAAAGUGUUUUAUGGUGUUUUAGAUCAAGGUAAUGGUUGGUUAAUCAUUUAUGAUGAACCAAGAAAAGAUGCUGCUUAUGAUGCUUCUAUAGAUUUAAUUAAGAACUUGUCUAAUGUGGUUGAUUUAUUAUAUGAAAAGGCAUCUUCUUUAAAUUAA